AUGAUUAGGAAUCUAGGAAUCUACUCUUCCCGACCCCUCCCACUGUCGCGCCCUCUCCCUGCCCGUCGCGUCGCCCCAACUCCCCUUCCCCUGCCCGUCGUGUCGCCUCCUCUCCCCCUGCCCGUCGCGUCGCCUCCCCUCCUCCUGCCCGUCGCGUUCGCCUCCCCUUCCCCUGCCCGUCGCGUCGCCUCCCUUCCCCCUGCUCGUCGCGUCGCCUCCCCUCCUCCUGCCCGUCGCGUUCGCCUCCCCUUCCCCUGCCCGUCGCGUCGCCUCCCUUCCCCCUGCUCGUCGCGUCGCCUCCCCUCCUCCUGCCCGUCGCGUUCGCCUCCCCUUCCCCUGCCCGUCGUGUCGCCUCCUCUCCCCCUGCACGUUGCGUCGCCUCCCCUCCUCCUGCCCGUCGCGUUCGCCUCCCCUUCCCCUGCCCGUCGCGUCGCCUCCCUUCCCCCUGCUCGUCGCGUCGCCUCCCCUCCUCCUGCCCGUCGUGUCGCCUCCCCUCCUCCUGCCCGUCGCGUCCGCCUCCCCUUCCCCCGCCCGUCGCGUCGCCUCCCCUCCUCUUGCCCGUCGCGUUCGCCUCCCCUUCCCCUGCCCGUCGCGUCGCCUCCCCUCCUCCUGCCCGUCGCGUUCGCCUCCCCUUCCCCUGCCCGUCGCGUCGCCUCCCCUCCUCCUGCCCGUCACGUUCGCCUCCCCUUCCCCUGCCCGUUGCGUCGCCUCCCGUCGCCUCCCUUCCCCCUGCCCGUCGUGUCGCCCUCCCCUCCCCGCCCCGUCCCACCGUCGACAACCUCCUCCCCGCCCCUGUCCUACCGUCGCACCCUCCUCCCAGCCCCUUCUCAUCGUCGCGCCCUCCUCCCCACCCCUUCUUACCGUCACGCACCCUCCUCCCCGCCCUCUCCUAACGUCGUGCGCCCUCCCCCCGAGCCCACCGUGCCCUCGCCCUCACCUAGGCUCGCGCCUCCGCGUUAG